AUGUCGGACAAACCACUGAAGAUACUGGUUUCUGGAGAUGUCGAAGGAAACUUUGGGCAGUUGUACAAAAGAGUGGAAUCUAUACAGAAAAAGAGUGGCAACUUUGAUCUUCUGCUGUGCGUAGGGGACUUUUUCAGCCCUAACUUAUCCUCAUGGGAGCCAUAUAAAUCAGGAAAAGUCAAAGUUCCAAUUUCCACAUUGAUUUUGGGUCUGUGCAAACCAGAGCUUGCUAUUUAUUACAGUGGAAGUGAAGGUGCUGAAAUGUGCGAUGGGAUAACAUAUCUUGGAAAACAGGGAAGAUUUACUGGUUCAUCUGGACUACAAAUUGCUUAUCUUAGUGGUGUGGAGAGUAAGUCCGGGAAGGGAGACGACUUCUCAUUUACUGCUGAUGAUGCCUAUUCACUCAUUUCCCCUGUUGUUAAUGACACCAACUUCAAAGGAAUUGACAUUCUAAUAACAUCACAGUGGCCACAGGAUGUUGAAAAAUAUGCUUCUUCUGCAAACAGACCAUCAGAAUCAUAUCCAGGCUCUUCCUGUAUAGCAGAAGUGGCCAGGGUUUUGAAACCCCGUUAUCAUUUUGCAGGAUUAGAAGGAGUCUUUUAUGAAAGGCAACCCUACAGAAACCAUCAUAUCUUGCUGGAGUCUGCUCGGCACACAACAAGAUUUAUUGGCCUUGCAAAUGUUGCAAACAAGGAGAAGCAGAAAUAUCUGUAUGCGUUUAAUAUUAUACCCCUGAAGAAGAUGGCUUUGUCAGAUCUUGUCAAACAGCCAGAAGAUGUCACAGAAUGUCCCUAUACAGCAUCUGAUAUAUUAGCCCCCAAGCAGGAUGAAAAAGGACAGCAGUUUUUUUAUGAUAUGAAAGCAGGACCAGAACAGAGAGGCAGAAAACGAGAUGGACAGCGAGGUAGAGGAGGUCGACCCAAUGAUCAUCAGGGCCAGAACAGAGAAUACAGUGACAAGAAGCCCAGGAAAGAAGUUCAGCCUGCCGGACCAUGCUGGUUUUGCCUUGGAAGUCCAGAAGUGGAGAAACAUUUGGUUGUCAGUGUCAGUGAUAAGGUUUAUCUGGCCUUAGCUAAAGGAGGUUUGGUGGCAGAUCAUGUUUUAAUUCUGCCUGUCCAUCAUCAUCAGUCACUUGUGUCAUGUCCUGAUGAUGUCCUACAGCAGAUAGAACAAUAUCCUUUGAUAU